AUGGCCAGAUGGUUGUUCUGUGCGCCUCUCGUUGUUGUCCCCUUCGGGGUGACAUACGAAAAAAUUGGAACGAUACAGAGAAGAUUAGCAUGGCCCCUGCACAAGGAUGACACGCUUUCCCGGAGUGGUAGAUCUACGGAUCUCAAUAUUUAUGCUCUUUUUGCUGGCGCGGGCGGUUAA